GAAAAGAUUAAAGAAAAUGACAGAACUAUUAAAAAAUGGUGAUGCCACUAGUUUAAAUGGAUAUGUCUACAGCAAGUGAAAAAGUAACAUACUAACAUACUAAAAUAUGGGAAGACUGGAAAAUGUCUUGGAGUCACACUGGGUCUGGAAAUAUACUGUGAAUAUUGGGCUUGAGGCUAAAAUAUAUUUUUGGCAUUCAGUCUAUUGCUGAGCAUAAUAUUUAUAUUGAUUUCUAAAUACACCCAAGUUCAAUUUAGAGUGGUGAGUCUACCUACAAGCCUGCUUUUGGGAGGUGGUAUAAAAACCUGAUGGACAUGCGAAGGACAAAACAUAAGUCCACAUAUGCAGGAACUUGAGCUCAGCAUUAUAUAUAAGAGAUGACAGGCCCAUCCUUAAAGUGAACUAACAUGAUGCUAUUUCAGAUCAACCAGAGGUGAGCGUAAGGUUUUGUUUUUUUGUUUCUUAAAAUUACAAUCUAGAAUAAUCUUUAUUAUCAUAGACAUAAGUAUUAUUUUACAUGGAACCUUGGAUGAACUGGUUGAUGGGAAAAUAAUAUGAAUCCAUCCAUACAAGAAUAGUCUACUUUGUGUACAUCUGAAGACUAACAAAUUCAAGAUGUGCCUAUUGCAAGAAGCUGGGAUUUAGGGAAAGAGGAGGACCAGAUCUAACUAGCUUAGAUAAGGGAUUUACAAGACUUCAUCAGAGUAUUUUACACAUGUCUGUUUUUUUCUCAGUACAUGGAAUAUGUUUGUCAGUGGUAAACACAUAUGUAAGUCAGAUGCAUUGACCCAUCAUGCUUUUCUACAGAACAGUUAGCAUUCUUCUAUUUGGUGGUUAACUUUUUUAUGUCUGGAUUUUAUGAGAUUUGGGUCUCUCCACAUAGGUGAAGGCAUACAUUUCAGCAUGGCGGCAGCAGUGGAUACACCGCGUCCCCUAAAUGUGGUCCCAGCUACAAAUAUUCCAUGCUUAAUAUUAUCCAAGUCAGUCCUAAUGGCUUCAACCAUUGCACAUAUCACUAUAGGGGCAAUAUAUCUGAAAGAGUGUCCCCAACAGAAAUACAUCCCUGUGUAUCUUCUGGUGUGUGGAGUGUUUAGUGUCAUCAUGGCCCUGCUCACCUGUCUGCCAUGUAAUCAAGAUUCUGUGAGACUGAAGUUCCUCUGUUCCGCUUGGAACAGCUUGGUGUCUAUGUUCCUCUUCUGCUGGUUCAUCACUGGCAGUGUGUGGAUCUACUCCAUCUAUCCUCCCAAUUACAAUUCCACUGUGGCUGCUGUGCCCUACUGCAAUAAGACCCUCUAUCAAUUUGCCUUUUGGACUACCACAGCAGUGUACAUUGCACUAGCAGUAAUACUUGUAGGAGGUUGUUGUUGUUGUCUUAUAUGUCUGUGCAUAUCCAAGCCGGAAGAGGAACCCACAGAAGCUACACAAGCUUGAUGGAAUCCAGAAAAAAUAAAAAUAUGCUAAAUGGCAACAACAUUUAA